GUUGAGUACUGAGAUAUUUGUUGUAAAUUAAACGUACACGGGAUAGAACUUAAUUUGAGCCAACAUUACUUGUUGUCUUAGAUUCGAUAAAACUUCAAGGUAACGGUUAAUAUUCGCAUCGAGUUGAAGUAUUUCUCCCCGGAUAGACGAGUAACGCCAUAAUAAAAUGGGAAAAGGAAAGAAAGGAAAGAAUAAAAGAAAGGAGGAUGACCCAGGAACAUCUAAUCCACAACAGCAACAACAACGACCACCUGCUCCACAACAGCAACAACAACAACAACCACCUGCUCCACAACAGCAGCAACAACAACAACCACCUGCUCCACAACAGCAGCAACAACAACAACAACCACCUGCUCCACAACAGCAGCAGCAACAACAACCACCUGUUCCACAACAGAAAAAGCAAUGGCCUGCUCCACAACAGCAGCAACAACAACAACCACCUGCUCCACAACAGCAGAAACAACAACGACCACCUGCUCCAAAACAACAGCAGCAACAACCACCUGCUCCACAACAAAAAAAGCAAUGGCCUGCUCCACAACAGCAGCAACAACAACAACCACCUGCUCCACAACAGCAGCAACAACAACGACCACCUGCUCCAAAACAACAGAAGCAACAACAACCACCUGCUCCACAACAGAAAAAGCAAUGGCCUGCUCCACAACAGCAGCAACAACAACAACCACCUGCUCCACAACAGAAAAAGCAAUGGCCUGCUCCACAACAGCAGCAACAACAACAACCACCUGCUCCACAACAGCAGCAACAACAACGACCACCUGCUCCACAACAGCAGCAACAACAAUUAUUACCACAGGUAAAACGAAAUGUUUCAAGAUCUGUCUUGCCAGAAGGUUUACAUGAAAUGUACUUGGAACGAAUACCACGGAAAACUAGUGCUACAGGGGGGAAGGAGGGUAGACGAAUUGUUGUGGAAACGAAUAUGCUUAAAUUACUUUUGAACUCUAAUUUUGAAACAGAUAUUGUACAUUAUGACGUAGUUAUUACACCAGACAGGCCAAAGUUUUUAUUAAAAGUCGUUUUUGAAGAAUUUAGGAAGAAGCAUUUUCCAAAAAGGUUCCCAGCAUUUGAUGGCAAGAAGAAUGCAUUUAGUGCAAAAAAUCUUCCUUUUGGUGUUACAAGUACAGAAGAUGAAAUAAAAAUUUAUGAUUCUGAGUUUUGUAGAGAAAGGACUUUCAAAAUUUAUUUAAAUAAAGUUGCAAAUAUCGAUUUAUCGUGGUUGAAAAAUAUAUAUUUUGGCGUUAAUGUUGAAGGAAUAAAAGAACAACAGGGUUUACAAGCAUUGAAUAUUAUUUUACAUCAUGCUGCUUCGCAUCGCUUUGUUUCAGUUGGCAGAUCGCUUUUUCAGCCACCGGUACCAGGUCGUAUUGUAUCCUUAACAAAUGGCUUAGAUUUAUGGUAUGGUGUAUUUAAAUCUGUUGUAAUUGGAUCAAGACCAUAUUUAAAUGUAGAUGUGGCACAUAAGGGAUUUCCUACAGAACAAUCAGUUAUUGAGUUAAUGAAACAAUUAUGUGGAAAUGUUGAAAAUAUAACGCCAAGGGAUUUACAAUAUAAUCAGGAUAAAAUAAGUAAAUUUCUAAAGGGAUUGAAAGUUCAGUACGAAAUACCUGGACAGUCUAUGACUAAAAGAACUUACCGUGUAAACGGAUUAGUCGAGUGCGCAAGAAGGAAUGAAUUCACUUUAGAAGAUCAAACUUCGUGUACAGUUGAACAAUAUUUUAAACAAGCAAAAAAAUAUAAAAUCCAAUAUCCUGACUUACCUUGCCUUUGGGUAGGAUCUCUAAAUAACAAGAUUUAUUUACCUGCAGAGUUAUGUAAAAUUGUAGCUGGGCAAGUGACGCACAAGCAAAUGGAUGAAUCUCAAGUUCGUACACUUAUAAAGCACGCAGCGACUGAUACCAAAAAGCGCAAAGAGAAAAUUAUGAAUGGUUUUGCCAGUAUGGAUUUAAACAAACAACCUAGUUUGACGAAUGAAUUCCAUAUUUCUGUGCAAACUGAUAUGGAGAAAGUUCCAGCAAGAGUUCUUCAGCCUCCUAUGUUACAAUAUAACGACAGACAAGUUAAAGUAUUUAAAGGGGUAUGGAGACCAGAAAAAUUUCUAAGGCCAUCCACGCUACCAGAAGAUUCGUGGACUAUUUUAAAUUUAGAUAGAACCGUGUACGAUACUCAGUUAUAUCAGUUACAUUCUGAAUUACAAGAUAAUGGUCGUCGCCUGAACAUGACAAUAGGCAAUGCUCUAAAGCCAUUUGGGAAUUUAUCUAUACGAGGAAAUAAUAUUAAUAAUGUUAUGAAGUAUUUUCAAGAAAAGAAACAACAAAAUAUACAGUUGGUAAUAGUAGUAAUUGAAGAAAGAGACAAUACGGUAUACGGUUUAAUAAAACAAAUUUCCGAACUCAACAUACCCAAUGGUAUGGUAACUCAAUGUAUAAAAGCCGGCACUAUAAAAAAAAGAUUGAGCGAAUCAACGAUCAUAAAUAUUUUAUUAAAAAUUAAUUCUAAACUCAAUGGUGUUAAUCAUACUUUGGCCUCUACUUAUCGUCCGCGUUGUUUACAAAAGCCAUGCAUGAUACUUGGUGCAGAUGUAACGCAUCCAUCACCCGAUGCUGUAAAUAUACCUUCAAUUGCUGCCGUUGCUGCAAGCCACGAUCCGAAUGCUUUUCAAUAUAACAUUGAAGUGAGACUUCAGUCACCAAGAGAAGAAAUGAUACAAGAUAUGGAAGAAAUUAUGAUGAAACAAUUGGUGUUUUUCUACAAACAAACAAGAUGCAAACCUUGCCAACUAAUUUUUUAUCGGGAUGGUGUAAGCGAAGGGCAGCUUACACAAGUGAUGCAUUUUGAAAUGACUGCGAUAAGAAAAGCUGUGGCACGAUUAUAUAAUGCUGAUGCAGAUAAAGUACCAAUUGCAUAUUUUGUCGUUCAAAAAAGACAUCAUACACGCUUUUUUCCAACUGAUGCGAGGAAUUCCGAUGACAGAUAUUUUAAUGUACAGGCGGGUACAAUAGUUGACACAGAAAUUACACAUCCAACUCACAUAGAUUUUUAUCUCGUAUCUCAUGCUAGUAUUCAGGGUACUGCCAGACCUACAAAAUACAGAUGUAUUUGUAAUGAACUUGGCAUGUCAGAAGAUGAAAUAGAACAGCUAACAUAUUACCUUUGUCAUAUGUUCGCACGCUGCACAAGAUCCGUCAGCUAUCCCGCGCCUACUUAUUACGCUCAUUUAGCUGUAUUGGAUGUAAAUAAUUUAGAAGAGGAGCAACGAAGCAAGUUGACUUUAAGUAUAAAUAAAAUUUCACCGAUGUUUUUCGUAUAA